AUGAAAGUCAAUAUAGUAUCCAGCAAAGAAAGAAAGAGUAUACAGACCAAUUCCAAGAUGUACUCCAGGAACAGCGUGGAUGCAAAUGCUGUUAAUACUGUUACCCUGGAAGGAGAGAGUGAGAGAGUGCGCCCAUUUUUCAGCAAUUACAAAAACUUCAUGAGUUUCUUCUUUGCUAUUGAAACAAUUAACAAGGACCCCAGUAUUUUACCCAACAUCACCCUGGGAUAUCACAUUUUUGAUUCUUGUGCAAGUGUCAAUAAAGCUACAUUGAGUUUGAUGCAAAUACUAACUGGGUCAAGAUAUGCAGUGCCCAAUUACUCCUGUAGGUGGCAGGGCAGGUUAGCUGGGGUAAUCGGGGAUUUAUCAUCCGAGACAACUUUACAAAUAGCACACAUUUUAGGUGUAUAUGGAUAUCCACAGAUCAGCUAUGGAGCAACAGAUCCUGCUCUAAGUGAUCAAAUCAUUUAUCCAUCAUUAUUUCGGACAUUACAUAAUGACAGAGUUCAUUAUUAUGCAAUCUCAAAACUCCUGGAUUAUUUUGAUUGGACCUGGAUUGGGGUAAUUUCCUCUGAGGAAGACAGUGGUGAGAAAGAAACCCAGGAGCUGGUUAAACAAACCACUAGGAGAGGGAUCUGCAUUGAAUACAUAAUUAGGGUAAUCACAGAAUCAGUCAUUUCCAAUGCUAAACAUCUCAAUGCUAUGAGCAAAAUAAUGCAGAACUCCAAGUCUUCGGUUAUUGUUCUUUGUGGAAAAUUCACAUCAAGUGCUCUUUUUUUGUUAAUACAUGUUAGCCAAAUCAUCUUCAGUAAAACAUUAAUACUGUCACCAUCUUUGUCUGCAAAUGAUGAGCUCUUAGCGAUUUUUGAUGGGAAAUUAUUUAAUAACAGUUUAUAUCUAGAUGUUCCCAGGAUGAAUGUUCCUGGGAUAGAAAAUCUACUUAAAGAUGUCUGUCCUUCAAAUUACCCAGAUGAUAUAUUGGUUAUAGACCUUUGGAUGUUGUUUUACAAAUGUUUAUCUAAUCACACCCAGAGGAAUAGUUUAUAUGAAUCAAUGUACAAACAACCCUUCCGAAAUUGUACUGGAAAUGAACGGCUUCCUUUUCAAUAUAAAGACAGAUCAUACCACGUGUACAACGCAGUUUACUCCAUGGCACAUGCACUGCACAAUAUGUUUCUUUUUCAUAAAAAACAUUCCCCUGGAAAGAAGUUACAUGGAUAUAAUUAUAAACUACAGGGAAAGCUGUCAGUGAGAAUGUGUCAGACAACACAACACUCCUUCUGGCUGCUGGUCUCUGGACUGUCUAUGUCUAUGGAACAGAUCAAGCUACACAACUAUCUGAAGAAAGUUCAUUUCCAGAACUCGUUGAAGAUGGAUGUAUUUGUUAAUAAUCGUGGGGAGAUAAAUCCAAUGUACCACCUUUUUAACUGGGUGGCUUUAAAUGAAAUAUCCUGGCAUAAUGAGAUUGGCUUGUUUGAUGCAUUUGCUCCUGAAGAUAAACAACUCAGAGUCACAUCAAGUACAAUUAUGUGGAGGGAACACAAUAAGAUUCCAGUCUCCAAAUGCUCAGAAAACUGUCCGCCUGGUUACAGAAAAGCUCAGAUACGCGGUCAGCCAGCCUGCUGCUAUGACUGUGUCCCUUGUGAGAAUGGAGAGAUUUCCAAUGAAACAGAUAGUGAAAAUUGUCAGAAAUGUCCUGAUGAUGAAUGGCCAAAUGAGAAGAACGAUAAAUGCAUCCCUAAGAUUAUAGAAUUUUUAUCUUACACAAAUGACACUACCGCCAUUCUUUUUUCCUUUAUGUCAGUUUCCUUGACUUUAUUAACCAUCCUUGUUUUUGGAGUCAUUAUUUGGUUCCUUGAUACUCCUAUAGUCAAAGCAAAUAAUCGUAAUCUUAGCUUCGUUCUCCUUGUCUCUAUCAUGCUGAGCUACCUCUGUGUGUUUUUGUUCCUUGGCCGUCCUGUGGAUAUAACUUGUAUCCUCCGUCAGAUCUCAUCUGGAAUUAACUUCUCAGUAGCUAUGUCUUCUUUGCUGGCCAAGACAAUUAUGGUUGGCAUUGCUUUCAAAGCUAGCAAACCUGGCAGCAGUUGGACAAAAUUAGCAAGCACCAAGCUGACCAAUUCAGUAGUCAUACUUUUGUCAACCAUCCAGGUUAUAAUUUGUGUGGUUUGGUUGACAAUAUCACCACCUUACCAGGAGUAUAACAUGCACUCUGAGCCUGGAAAGAUUAUCAUACAAUGUAAUGAGGGAUCUACACUUGCUUUUUACUCCGUCCUGGGAUAUAUGUUUCUUCUGGCAGCUGCUAGUUUCAUCACAGCUUUCUAUACCAGGAAACUACCGGACAGCUUUAAUGAAGCAAAGUUCAUCACCUUCAGCAUGUUGGUGUUCUGCAGUGUGUGGAUUGCCAUGAUCCCGGCGUAUCUCAGCACAAAGGGAAAGCGAAUGGUGGCUGUGAAUAUAUUUGCCAUACAGGUUUCUAAUACUGCACUUCUAGGCUGUAUAUUUUUCCCAAAAUGUUUCAUUAUCUUGUUUAGACCUGAACUUAACUCAAGAAACAAUUUGCUUAGGAACAGUAAGAAAUGAUUUUAUAGCAUUGUGAAUUAUAUCAAUUGUCACAGAAUAUAAUCAAUAAAAUGUUGAACUUCAAAUGA